UGGAGGCCAGCACCGUAGAUACGUAACAUCCCCUCAAACCGUGUGAAAUUCGGGUAAAGAUCUGGAGAGUUGUGAUGUUUUGGUUGGGCAUACACCUUCCUCUGUGGAGCUGAAUGUACCGGGGCGCGUGACAGAUGGCAGCCGCGCUGAUAGGUCAGUCCAGCAGGCAGCGUCAAGUUGAGGCGGCUCCGGUCAGGACCGGGUUUCUGUCGCGAGCGGCCACUGACCCGCGAUGGCACGUGACCGUUUGAAGCCGUAGUUAACACGUGGACAGGCCGCCAUGGCUGCAGCCUGACCUGAGUCGACCCGAUGGCCAGCAGGAGACCCCCAGAGGCCGACGAUGGGGAGCGCCGCCUCCUCAGACCCCCGUCCCGGGCGUCCGGUGGGAGCUGCCCGGAGCCCGGCGCCGCCACGCCGGGCUUGGUGUACGUGCUGGCCGUCAGCUCCGCCCUGGGGGGCUUCCUCUUCGGCUACGACACCGGGGUGGUCUCGGGGGCCAUGCUGCUCCUGAAGAAGGAGAUGAGCCUGAGCGCUCUGUGGCAGGAGCUGCUGAUCUCCAGCACCGUGGCGGCCGCGGCUCUGUCGGCGCUGGCCGGCGGCUCCGUGAACGGCCGGCUGGGCCGCAGGCUGAGCAUCCUGCUGGCCAGCUUCGUCUUCGCCGCGGGCGGACUCAUCCUGAGUCUGGCCCCUGGCCGCGGGCUGCUGCUGGUCGGGAGGAUCGUCGUCGGUCUGGGCAUCGGCAUUGCGUCGAUGACUGUUCCCGUGUACAUCGCAGAGGUUUCCCCGUCUCACCUGAGAGGCCAGCUGGUCACCAUCAACUCCCUGUUCAUCACCGGGGGGCAGUUCGUCGCCAGCGUGGUGGAUGGGGCUUUCAGCUACCUGAAGCAUGAUGGAUGGAGGUACAUGCUGGGUCUGUCCAUCAUCCCUGCUGCUCUGCAGUUCUUCAGCUUCAUCUUCCUGCCAGAGAGCCCCCGUUGGCUGCUCCAGAAGGGGCGGAGCCAGGAGGCCCGUCGGGUCCUGAGCAGGAUCAGAGGAGGCCGGGACGUCACCGACGAGUUCGACAGCAUCCGGGCCGGCAUUGAGGACGAGCAGAAGGAGGCGGGCGCAGGGGGCCUGGUAAUUCUGAGAAUCCUCCGCCACGGCCCUACUCGCAGGGCUCUGACCGUUGGCUGUGGCCUGCAGAUGUUUCAGCAGCUGUCUGGGAUCAACACCGUCAUGUACUACAGCGCCACCAUCCUGCAGAUGGCCGGGGUUCGGAGCGACAGGCAGGCCAUCUGGCUGUCUGCGCUCACGUCUGCCUCCAACUUCAUGUUCACCCUGGUGGGGGUGUGGCUGGUGGAGCGGGUGGGCCGCAGGAAGCUGACCCUGGCCAGUCUGACAGGCACCGGUUUGAGUCUGUCGGUUUUGGCCAUCGGCUUCUUGCUGUCGGCUCUGAACUCUCCGCCCGUCAGCCUCCACCCAGGAAACUCCACGUGCAGCCUGUUUGAGUCCUGUGAGUCCUGCAUCCUGAGUCCGGACUGUGGAUUCUGUUACCGAGAGAAUGCAUCGGGGGUGUUGGACUCGUCCUGUCUUCCUGUGGAUGAAGCAUCAGCUGACCGUCCGGCGGGAGGCAGCUGCUCCAAUCAGAGCCGGGCCGCUGGCGCCUCCUUCUGGGCUUCCAACUAUUGUCCCACCCCGUACUCCUGGGUGGUCCUCCUGGGCCUGGUCCUGUACCUGGCCUUCUUCGCUCCAGGGAUGGGCACCAUGCCCUGGACGGUCAACUCGGAGAUCUACCCUCUGUGGGCGCGCAGCACCGGGAACGCCUGCUCAGCCGGCGUCAACUGGAUCUGCAACGUCCUGGUGUCCCUGACCUUCCUGCACCUGGCUCGGGUCCUCACGUACUACGGGGUCUUCUUCCUGUACGCGGGGCUGGUGGGAGUGGCGCUGCUCUUCGUCCUCGCCUGCCUCCCCGAGACCCGCGGCGUCCAGCUGGAGGACGUGGAGGACCUGUUCUCCGGUCGGCUCUGCUCCUGUUCACACUCAUCUCCAGGAGUUCAGUAUCGCCAGGUCAACCUGACCUCUGACCCCCGGGACUCAGACACAGAGUAGUGUGUGUGCGUGCGUGCGUGCGUGUGUGGAUCUGGAAGGUGGAAAAGGUUUAGUCAUGUCACACAUGAUGAACAGGAACUGAAGGAAAAGACUUCCUGCUUCUGCUUCAUCUUUCAAGUCCUUCUCUCCAAAGCGCUCACUUCAGUCCUCACUUUCUCACUUUUGGCUUCAGGUGAUGAUACGUUUAUUACUUCAGUACGAAUAAAGUCUGUUUUUAAAAUAC